CGAUAGCUGCUCGCUCCACCCUCGCCAGCUUCGUCCCUCCCUCAAUCCCGCGAAGCUCCGCUCUGCACUGUCCCGCAACAGCGAGUAGAAACGAUUUCAGCACCGGGACAGAUCCUGUACUGUCUAAUGGCAACAUGGCGACAGAGUUCCACAACCUGCAGGAGUUGCGUCAUAGUGCUUCGCUGGCCACCAAGGUCUUCAUCCAGAGGGACUACACUGAAGGGACCGUCUGCAAAUUCCAGACUAAGUUCCCCGCUGAACUGGAAAGCCGGAUCGAAAGGACUUUCUUCGAGGACACGGUGAAGAUGCUGAAUAACUACUAUGCCGAGGCGGAGAAGAUCGGGGGCCAGUCUUACCUGGAGGGAUGCCUGGCCUGUGCUACCGCCUACAUCAUCUUCCUCUGCAUGGAGACGCGCUACGAGAAGGUGCUGAAGAAGAUCUCCAAGUACAUCCAGGAGCAGAAUGAGAAGAUCUACGCCCCGCGAGGCCUGCUAAUCACAGACCCCAUUGAGAGGGGCAUGAGGGUUAUCGAGAUCUCCAUCUACGAGGACCGCGGCUCCAGCGGCUCCAGCUCAGGGUCCAGUUCCACGUCCAGCAGCAGCGGCCGGUGACUGGAGGAUCAGUACCAGGGUAACCCCACCAGGCCUCCCUUAAAUCCCCCCACCCCUCCCCAGACUUUGUGCAUUUCUAGAGGUUAGUCAUUCACUUUCUGCACCCUUCCACACACUGCACACUACAUCAAGCAGCUUCCCUUAGCAGGGGGGGUCACUGCAUUGCGCUUCGAUGCCUUCAUGUUUCACCCCCUGUGGACACCCGACCUGGGGCUGACCUGACCGACCCGCUGGACAUUCAGCUGCUGCUGACGGCCAUUUUUAAACGGCGUACUUUGUACAAGCACUGUCAAACGCAUGAGACUCCGCGCAGCGGCGGCUGUGCUGUGGAUGUGUGGACUGGAUAUUUUGUUGGUGUUCUGUAAAAAAUAAAUCUAUGAAUUUGAUUCUGAG